AUGGCGAAAAUAGUUUUUAAAAUCAACGGGAAACAAUACGAAGCGGAUGGCAAGUUUGGUCCGGACGUGUCUCUGAACGAGUACAUUCGCUCGGUGGCGGCGCUGCGCGGCACGAAGGCGAUGUGCCACGAGGGCGGCUGCGGCGCGUGCGUCGUCGCCGCACGCGCAGCGCUGCCGCCGGACAACCAGCUCAAGACAUUCGCUGUCAACUCUUGCCUAGUAUCAGUGUUCUCCUGCCACGGCUGGGAGGUGACCACGGUUGAAGGUAUCGGCAGUAAGAUGAACAACUACCACGACAUUCAGAGCCGACUGGCCAAGUUUAACGGCACGCAAUGUGGGUACUGCACUCCUGGGUGGGUCAUGAAUAUGUACAGCAUCUAUCAAAACAAAAAGAAUAAUUUAACAAUGAAAGAAGUUGAAAAUUCAUUUGCUGGUAACAUAUGCAGAUGUACCGGAUACAGACCAAUUGCAGAUGCAUUCAAAACUUUUGCUAACAAUGUCGACAAGCACCUCAUGGAUAAACUUGUUGAUAUUGAAGAUUUAUCUACUAUCACCUGUGGUCUAGAGUGUUCUAAGAAAUGUCUCCAUAAAAACAAUAGAAAUAAUGUAAGAAGUUGUCAAACAAAAUCCGUGGAAGCAGAUGAAGACUGGUGUGUUAUUGAAAGAAGCAAUAACAAAAUGAUAGUAGUAGAUUGUGGCAUAACCAAAUGGUUCAAAACGUAUACACUAGACGAUGUCUUCAAAGUUAUCAACAGAACUGACGAUUACAAACUUAUUGCUGGAAAUACUGGACAAGGAGUCUACCAUGUCACAAAUUACCCGCCCAACAUAAUAGAUAUUUUUAACGUCGUGGAACUUAGGGGUCAUACAAUAGACGUAAACUUAAUUAUUGGAGCCGGAAUGCCACUAACGGAAAUGAUGGAGCUUUUCCUUCAAAUGUCACAGACUAAUGAAGAUUUUAGUUAUUUGAAAGUUUUGUAUGACCAUAUGGAUCUUGUUGCUCAUAUUCCUGUUAGAAAUAUUGGCACAAUCGGUGGAAACUUAUAUUUAAAAUAUCUCAACAACGAUUUCCAGUCCGAUUUAUUUUUGCUUUUUGAAACUGUCGGCGCUAUGAUAACAAUAGCCGAAGGCGUGAACGCGAUGAAAGUGGUGUCUUUCUCAAAUUUCUUGAAGGAAGACAUGAAACGAAAAUUAAUCGUCAAUGUCAUGCUACCGCCUCUUUCUCCAAACAGUAAACUUAAGACAUAUAAGAUAAUGCCACGAUCGCAGAAUGCUCACGCAGUGGUUAAUGCAGGAUUUUUAUUUAAAUUCAAAGCAAAUUCCAAAACCCUCCAUGAAGCUACAAUAGUAUAUGGCAGUAUAUCACCAAGAUUCAUUCAUGCUACGAACACAGAAGCAGCCCUAGUUGGCAAAGAUCCGUUUACUAACGAUGUUCUACAACUAGCUUUGAAGUCUUUAGAUAAAGAGAUUGUACCUGAAGAAGCACCUCCUGAACCUUCAGCUGUUUAUAGAAAGAUGUUGGCAAUUGCUUUGUAUUAUAAAGCUAUCUUAUACUUAUGCCCAGACGAUAGAAUUGACCCAAAACUGAAAUCAGGAGGAGAAGCUAUAAAAAGGCACAUAUCCCAUGGGAUGCAAGUUUUCGAUACCGACAAGGGUGUUUGGCCAUUAAACCAGCCAAUCUCGAAGAUAGAGGCAUUGGUACAAUGUAGUGGUGAGGCCACGUUUGCCAAUGACCUACCGACACAACCGAAUGAAGUGUAUGCUGCUUUUGUCACGGCUGAUGUCAGACCAGGGAGUGUUGUUAGUGAUUUUGAUACCACGGAAGCUUUUAAACUUCCCGGUGUAACAGCAUUCUACACAGCAAAGGACAUACCCGGUCGCAAUACAUUCACACCAACCAACUGUCCUUUCAUGGCUGUCGAGGAAGAAAUACUCUGCUCAAACGAAAUAAAAUUCUACGGAGAUCCAGUAGCAAUCAUAGUUGCUGACAGAGAAAAAACAGCAAACAAAGCAGCGAAACUAGUUAAAAUAAACUAUAAAUAUAUAAGCGAACAAAAACCUUUACUUACUGCCGAAGAUGUUUUAAAGUCUCCUGAGAAAGAUAAAAGGGUUGUAACUACUAGAACUGUUCAACCAGAAGAAGUGGGGAAUGAUGUGAAAUAUGUUAUUGAUGGUGAAUAUCAUUUGGGAACACAAUACCAUUAUUAUAUGGAACCUCAAACUUGUGUUGUGAGACCUACUGAAGAUGGUUUGGAAGUUACAUCUUCAACUCAGUGGCUUGAUUUGACUAAUGUUUCUAUUGCUCAAUGUUUGAAUAUACCUGUUAAUAGCAUUCAAGUAAUAGUACGAAGAGUAGGCGGUGCUUACGGAGGAAAAAUAACCCGCUCCUGCCAAGUUGCGUGUGCAGCAGCCUUAGUAACUCAUCUUACAGGAAAAACUUGCCGGUUCAUAUUACCUUUGGAAACUACAAUGAAAAUUGUUGGAAAACGACUGCCGACCAGCUCUAACUUCGAAGUGGGAGUCAACAACGAAGGUGAAAUCCAGUACCUUAAGAACGUGUUCUACCAAGACAAUGGGUGUUCUGCCAAUGAGAGCAUCAGCCCCAUCACGGUAUCGCACUUCUUCAACUGCUAUGACCAUCGGAGGUGGUUCGUUGAAGCCAACAGCGUGGCUACAGACACACCGUCCAAUACUUGGUGUAGGGCACCUUCUUCAACUGAAGGUUUGGCAAUGAUAGAAAAUAUUAUGGAGAAAAUUGCACACAAAACAGGAAAAGAUUCAUUACACGUAAAAUUAGCCAACAUGGCUAAAGACAACAAUCCAUUACCAGAACUAAUAGAAACCCUUAAAAUAGAUGCAAAUUACAAUGAAAGACUUGAAGAGGUCGAACGUUUUAACUUAAACAAUCGCUGGAGAAAACGUGCAUUAAAACUUAUGCCGAUGACUUACGAGCUAUUUUACAUUGGACCCUACAAUUCACUUAUAUCAAUUUACCACGGGGAUGGUUCUGUAGUGAUAACUCAUGCAGGAAUAGAGAUGGGUCAAGGAAUCAACACAAAAGUGGUUCAAGUAUGCGGUUAUAAACUUGGAAUACCUAUAGAGAAGAUAAGUGUUAAACCAAGUUCUAGUUUUACGUCUCCUAAUGCAAUGACAACGGGAGCCAGUGUUGGUAGUGAAUGUGUUGCGUUCGCUACUAUGAAGGUUUGUGAUAUUCUUCUAGAAAGAUUAGCCCCUAUCAAAGAAAUGAUGAAGAAUCCUACAUGGGAGGAACUUAUUGAAGAGGCUUUUAAAACAGGAAUUGAUCUACAAGCCUCUUAUUGCAUGAAAGCUGAAAAUGAUGGAAUAAAACCUUACGAUGUUUAUGGAGUGUGUACUUUAGAAAUUGAAGUCGAUAUUCUGACUGGAAAUCAUGAUGUUCUAAGAGUAGAUUUAUUGGAAGAUACUGGAAGAAGUUUGAGUCCGAAAAUUGAUAUUGCACAGAUUGAAGGAGCCUUUGUAAUGGGUCUUGGUUACUGGACCUCAGAGAAAAUUGUGUAUGACCCAGAAAGUGGUAAACUGCUCACGGAUCGAACGUGGACCUACAAACCUCCAGGAAUUAAAGACAUACCAGCUGACUUUAGGGUCUACUUUCGAAGAAAUUCUAAGAAUCCUCUUGGUGUCUUGCAAUCUAAAGCUACUGGUGAACCAGCCCUUUGUUUAGCUUCAGUUAUCACUCAUGCUUUAAAGGAAGCAGUAAGGUCUGCUAGAUUGGACGCUGGGUUCGAAGAUCUGUGGUUUGAUAUACAGAAUCCAUGCACGGUGGAAAAUAUCUUUAUGUCGGUAGACCACAAGUUGGAACAUUUUAUUCUCAAGUGAAGGGAAGCAACGUGAAUAACUAGCAUUUGAUUUAUUAAGUUUGUUAAUACAUACAUAUACUAAGCGU